AACGCUGUGGGGGGCGAGGUGGGCGCGAGCUCCCGGAUGCUCCGCGGCAGUGCCGGCGAUAGGAGRUGUGGGGUUGAUCCGCAAAAUGAAACAAUAGCGCUUAAAUAGCAAAAUAAUAACCCGGCUUGUCCAGCCGAGGCGUGGCCUCCGCCCCCAGCUGGUCGCUGGAACUCUUGUGUGAACAAGAGGUGGUUUUUUUUGUUGUUGUUGUUUUUAUUUUUUUUUUCCCGGCCGCGCAGGAUGAGCGCCGUGGCUGAGGAAGUUAAGGCAGAAGAUGGCAAAGCGGAGCCUGAAAAAAAAGUGUUUUACUGCGAAGUUUGUAAAAUUUCUUGUAUGUGUGCUAUAAGUCUUCAGUCCCACUAUCGUGGUGCAAAGCAUAGAAAGCAAGAGAAAGCCCUGAGACGCAGCACUGUCUAUUGUCCUUCAGCUCCAUUUCAACCUCCGAUGAAGUGUCGAGUUCUCAGACAAGUGAAGAGAGGAUUCACAAGUUACAUAACCUGUCUGAAGGAUUUUAUGAAUGAUCCCAGAAGAGAAGAACCUCUAAUUGGUUUAGAACAUGUGGUUGAAAUAAGACUUGAAGGAAGAAAAGAGCCCCGUUAUCAGUGCAAGCUGUGUGGGUGUAAUACAGAGAUGGCACCUAUGAUAGAACAUCUUAGUGGCUAUAAACACAGAAGAGAAUACAUUUCUAAAGAAUUUCCAGAUAAAAUGAAGAGAAAACCAACRGAUGUAAAAGAAUGCAAAGUCUCAUUUCUCAGACGGAUAGCAGGAGAGCUAGAGAAAACUGAAGGAUUAAAAAUGUAUAAGAUUGAAGGUUAUGCAACAUCAGCUACCUCAUCUCCACUGAAGAAGAAACCAAGGUGGGAAGAUGAUUAUAAGCAUGAGAAUGAUCCUGUUCGGAAACAGAAAGCUCUGGAGUUCUUGGAGACUUUUCGCAUCACCUCAGACUCAGAAGCAACACUUGUUGUUCAAAUUACGCAGGAACUCACAGAGGCUUUGAAGGCCUUUUGUGAAAAGAAAGUAGCAGUUAAUUAUACCAACAGUUCAGACCCACUGAUGUCAGUAUCUCAAGAUGAAUUUCCAGAAAGGAAWAGCAUCCCAGAACACUAUGGGCCAGAUGGAGAAUACAAAGGAACUUCUGACUGGAAUCAAGGUUUUUUGUCUCAGUAUGAAGAGUGUUCUGAAGAUGCUUCUUUUGCUCCUACYCAGUCAAACAGUUACGAAACAGAUGAUGGAUCAUCUUCCUGUCAUCUGAGAUCUGAYGACUUUGCAAUGAUGUCUCCACUCAGGGACUCUCCUGAUGAUCAGCCUGAUAGUCCUGUCAGUGGUGUCAGCGAAUGGCUGAGACAGCUCAGAAACUCUGUGUCCAGCAAGAAUUUGGCUGCUGGGGCCUCUUCCCAUGAGACUARCCCACUGAGGGAGUACUCAGCAGAAUACACAUCCAGUGAUGUUCAAGGAAGUGAGCUCCAUGAUAACAGACUCUCAUUUGGCAGGGAAAAUACAAAAUGGAGGAAUCAACAAGCAUGUACAAAAGCAAGACACAGACAUCAUCAAGAAUUACCCUAUCCCAAUUCUUCUGCAUCRUAUCCUUCAUCUGGAAGAUACUUUACAAACUAUCCUUCACAAAGAUAUUCCUCUUACAAGAAYAAUGAGUCUGUGAAUACUUGUACAUAUUCUGCAAAUGCAGCUGCUUCAGGACGAGGUGGCUCCAGGUGGCACCAGGACACUAGGUGGAAUGGGUGGAACGAGGACUCUAGCUGGAACAAGGACUCUAGGUGGAAUGAGGACUCUAGGUGGAACAAGAGCUCUAGCUGGAACCAGGACUCUAGGUGGAACAAGAGCUCUAGUUGGAACCAGGACUCUAGGUGGAACAAGAGCUCUAGUUGGAACCAGGAAUCCUGUUGGAACCAGGAAUCAAGGUGUCAGGGAUUCAGGUAUCAAAAAUCAGGCUACCAGAGUGAGUGGAAUUCACACCAGGACUUAUUUUCUGGUAGCGGUUCGUACCGAGAUGACCAGCAGUUCAGAAGCUCAGAUGAGAUCUUUGAUGAAGCUGAUGUUGGUCUUGCUCCCAAUGCUGUGAACAGACUACUAGGAAAGGAUGUACCCACAAUGACCAGGAUGCUCAAAGAGUUGGCUCCAUAUUAUCCAGCACUUCAAAAAAUAAAUAUUCAGACAUUCGUCAAUGUGCUAAUAGAAACAAGACAGAAAGAUUAAGGAGCAACAACAGCUGAACUGGAAACAUGAAGAGAUCUGAGACUCUCCAUCACUUGGCUUUCAGAAGAGAGACUGCAUUUAACUCUGUGUUUGACUGGCUUAGGAAAGGUAAAGGGAGGUAGGGUUUAAGUUUUUUAACAUGUGAAAUAUAGCUGGAACACAAACUUGCACAUAAUGGGUGAACAUAUUAUUUUGUUUAGGCUUUUUGUAAUGUAUUUGUUAUAUCUUAGUAUAUUACAGAAAAAAUCUUUUGUUAUAUUUUGAAAAUAAGUUAAAAUUAUUCUGUCAGCAAAAAGCUAAUAAUCCCUUUAAUACCCUUCUGAAUUCAGAAGAAAAAGAAAGGUUUACUUUUAUGUUACCUACUUAGGAUGAAUAUUCAUCGAAAAUACAAGUUUGCUUUUCUUCACACAAAUGUAAGGCCRGUUCCAUUUAUCUGAGGCUUUAUAAUUAGCAUGGUUUUAAUAUUGAUACACGACAUUUUUGUUUAGACAAAGAAAGGAGAAUGUCACAGCCAAGRUAUUCUCUGUCUUAAUGUGAUGCUAUAUGAGGAAAACGUAAUCUAUCUAGAGAACUAGUAUGUAAUGKGACAUAUUAGUUUUGUUUUUGCAGAGUGAGAAAUGGUGUGAAAUAUAUGCAGAUUUUUUAAUCAUGUUGUUCAAAAUGAAAUCAUAAAUUAUCUUAAAAACUCAUUUGGUGGAUUGACCCAUAUUAAAAUAAAAAUUCUUGAUUCUUUCCACUGGCAUAAACAUAUUAAGGARUAGUAGAACUCAGAAAGCAAUCAGAUGGAAUAACAGAAAAGAAUAAAUAAUCAAAAUGUCAUAMUGAGUAAUACUUACCAGUUCAUGAUGUGUAUCAGAGCCACAUGCCCAUGAAUGCCUGGCUUUAGAUGUCUACUUUAUGUAAUUAAAACCAGCUUACAUGGAGCUGAAGAAAAGAAGUAAAGUGAGACAGUUUACUCCUGAGUGUCUGUUUUCCUUUUCAGUGAUGCAUUGUGGACUAUCAUUUUCCUUCUCACCCAUGCCUGAACUGUGUCUCUGUGCAUUAAAUACUUGCRCUGACACAGGGUUAAUCUUCAUGAGCUGUCAAUAGUACACUUCGGAUCUCGUCACACAAAUUUUAAUAAAAUCUCGACAAAAUUUGAGCAUAUAAAAUCAAUUCUCUAAGGUUUUCCUUCUGUUAUUAUUUUGCUUCUGAAYCUGAAAAGAUCCACUUUCCUGUUUCAAUCCUGUUCAUUAUUUCCUUUACUGCUCAUACUUAUUGAAGUGUUGGAGUGGUUUAUAAUGUUACACACUUUAUAGUUGUGCCAAACACUUUCUUCCACUGAAUUACAUUGUCAACCUUCUUGCAUAAAGGGAAAAUUAUGGUUUUUCUAUCACAAGUGUCUGCCAGAGUUUUGAUUUACGGGUCUGUAGGAUUAUCAGUUAUUAUAUCUACAUUUAAAAAUUACCAGAAGCUCUUUACACAAAUGUUACUACCAUGCUUUUUCCCCCAGAAAGUGUAGUGCAACUAAGUCUGAAACUGUAGAAAAAACGUUGCUAGAAAAUAUUACUGCUGAGACUCUGUCAAUUCAAGUUAAAACCUUUUCAUUUGAGGUUGUUGUAGAGAGCUCCUCCUCAUUUCUCCCUCCCYUUUGGAUUUUAUUGUCAUUACUGUACACCUUAAUGACAUACAGCAGCUGGGUGACCUCUACCCAAAUUAGAUGCUUUUUCCACCUACAUGUUCUUUUAUUUUUCCUUCUGGWCAACAGUUACUGUCCCUCCUUUGUUGUUGUGCAGAGUCCUGCAUUGGGGGAACAGUUCUGCAUUUUGAAAUGGAGUUGGAGUAGUUACCAAAAUAAGAGAGCAUGGAUUUAUUAAAGCUUUCCUGAACUGUAGAGUGCAGAGUACUUCUUACUCCCAGGAAACCCCUUUGCAAUGUCUUGCUCCCAUGUAAUACAGAGUUGGAGCAAAACAGAUCUUCUGUCUAGAGUCCAGUCCUUCUUCAAGAAACAAUCUUCACAAAAUAGGUCUUGACAGCCUGCAGRGCAGCACUGGAUGCCUGCAUCUGUCGACACCAAUGCAGCUACAUCACAGGCUUUGGCACRGAGGCAACUGUUCUGAGGCUGCACCCACACCCUUGGAGCAAAUUUCACAUUUCSUUAAAAAGCUAAUUAAUGAUAAAAAUCCAGAGUGUCUUGGAUUGGUGAUAAAUGGUCUGCUUUUCAGCUCGUUUCUUUGUGAUGUACCUGCUUUCACACCUUCGGAAGUGUCUUUUUCCCACUGGGAUAAAAGUUGUUUCAAUCCAGAGCUAACUUGGUGAUUGUCUGGAGCAGUGAUGCUUCUUUGGAAAGUGCUGGAGYCAGCUGUUCUGCACCAAGGGCAUACAAGCAGAACAAGGCCAGCUGAACAUGGAGACAUUCUUCAGGGGAGACGACUUGGGAAGUUUCUCAGAUUUCAGCCUUUUUAAUUUUUACCUUGGACUUAGAAGUGCUCUUUGAACUGCUUCGUAGAAUUACAGGAUUUCAUGUAGGUGUAUGAUCCAAAGAGAUAGAUUCCUUAGAGGGAAAGGAAUUGGGAAUUGGGUUGUUUCGUGCCCCAAAAUUUCAGGCUCUUCUGUUAAUGUUUUGUUUUUGAAGAAAGCAUAGCUAGUUAUCAUCUCAACCUUCUAGCRAGGAAAUGUUCAAGGAGUAACUGGUGUAAGUCUUCUUCCCUUGUUUUCUUAAACAUAAGUAACUUUCACAGUUUAUCCAAGGCAGUUGGAUGAAGUGGUUCUGACACUGGUCAUUAUUCCUGCUCUCCUUUCUCACCCAAAUCCUAUUCCUUACCUUUUGAGUGACAAGGCCCAAAGUGCUUUGGGAGAACCCUUGUUUCGGUGUGCUUAUGCUAUGGAGACCAUUGGUCUCUCCCCACRUAUUUCACACCAGAGGAGUGUUCAGUGUUGCUGAGCUGUCACUAAGGGUCUAAUUGAUUGUCACUUGACAAAUAGUAGCAGCUUCUCAGCAUGACAGAUUGGUAAAUGCACAGUUGCUGCUUUGCUGCCUUCAGCCUGACACCAGACACUUUACUCUGGCUGAAAYACAGAAUCACAGAACAGUCUGARUUGGAAGGGGCCYACAUUCAGUGAAGGGCCCAUACAGGAAUUGAACCUCAGACCUUGGUAUUAUUAGCACCAUUCUCUGAACAUCUAAACCAACCUCUGGGUCAUGUGGAAGUAACAGUGUAACUUCAUUUUUUUUUUUAACAUUUCUUUGCUUCCUUAAAGUUGCUUCUUUAGAGUUAUUGCAGGAGAUGGUGUGUGACAGGAAUCAGUCAUGACUUGUCUUGCUCAAGUUUUUCCACUGUCUCUCAUUAGCUGUAAAUGGUGAUAUGUAGGGUAAAGUCACAACACAGUCAAUUCAAGGCACUUCAAACAAGUGCUUCAGCACAAAAAGGAAGACUUUUGAUGUUAAAUGAGACAACUAAGCAAAGGAAACAUAUUCAGAGCCAGAGUACUCUUUUUGUGGGGAGCUUAUUGAAGGAGAUGCAGUAUCAUCUUCACAGGUGWGAAGAAAUUGUUAUAUGAAGCCAUCCCAAGGAUACCCUGAAAGAAAGAGGCAGCUAGAAAAUAAAAUAAAAAAGACCAUCCAAGUGUAGAGACCCCUGAAUCACAGAAAAAUGAGAAUACAGAAAUAAAACCACCAUCCCCUUAAAGCUGUACAAAAGUGAAACAGACUAAAAGUUGACCUAGUAUUUUUACUUAAUUUUAAAUUCUGUAUUAAAAAUUAAUACAUUAAACUCUUAUAAAAGUAAGGCACAUGCAAAACAUGUUGUGCAACUUCUGGCUUUCAACUCAUAGAAACUAACAAGCAUUAUUUUAAUUUGGCAUUUCUAAAGAGUAAUUUUUCCCAUGCACGAUAUGUGUUUAAGAGAUCAUGUUCGACAUUGCACCAGUUAAAUCUAGAUUCUGUGCUUUCUGUACUACAGUAAGCAGACAUGUUCAUAUCAUACAAUAAUACAAAAUAAAAACCAACUCAAGUACAGAUUCUGAUACGAUGAUUACCAACAUACAAAAUUUAAGAAUGUGAUGUUACACCAUUAUAAUACAUCAGUGAUCUUAUUCAGUAGAGGAUGAUUUGGCAACUCCAGUCUGUGUAAUGCCAGUGUGCGAUUCCUGGUUAUCAGUGUCAUACGAUGCUGAAGACCAUGGAAAGAUACUGCUCGUAGGACACCUGAAUCCAGCCAUCCUGAUCAGUGUCGUAUCKUCGGAACACAUCAGUCAGCCUCUGAGGAGGACAGAAAAAAAUAGGUAUUUUUGUUCUUUGGGUAAGUUCAGACUGCCAAUUACUCCCUGUGCCACCGGGCUUCUGUGGCUUUAUGAACCCUUUCUAUUCAACCCCUGUGUAGCCAUUUUACAGUCUUAAGUAUAAARAGAGCUCUUUGCUGAUAAUGAUGCAAUACCUAAGGCUACCUAGACACUUCUUUAUUGACUAGAUAGCUCUUUAUAACUGGCUUUAAAGCAGGGGGAAAAACAAUGCAACAUCUGAGUUAUCUGGAAACAGAACACAAUGUGUACCUUGUGCAUUUCUCACCCUUUAGGCAAAUACGCUUUGUGUGCCAUUGCUGUCUGAGCUGUCUCUGUAUAAUCCUAGAGAUGCCAGGCAGUAUGGACAGUAAACCAGAACAACUUCCACUGACAUCAGCUGAGUGACUCUCCAUUUCAAAGCCCUUUUUAGCAGAGUUCAAGUCUAUAACUAACUAUAAUUGCCUUAUAUUACAAAUGARUACAAAGGUGACUGAUGUGUCUAAAUAAGAGAUACUGCUUUUACAGGGAACUGCUCUCCCUCCAUGGUCUCUCUCGCUCUCUGUUACUGAAAGGUUGGGGGGUGUUUUGUGUAUUUCCAGCAUUAACCCUGCAGGAACAGCUCUGAAAUUUGUAUUAAACUAACAGACACUGUACACUCUGGGACUAUUGUACACUUUUUUGUCCCUCACCCGUUGUAUCAAAUUUACUUGAUAUGCAAAGGAAUUACUAAUGAAGACCAGUAAACGAAGAUGUUUCAGCACUUGUCACAUACUUAGUUCAAAUGGCUUAUUAUAAAUAAAAGCAAAUUCUAGAUCCACUGUUAAAAUGUGAACCAGAAAAGCUUAAGAAAAGGUAAUCUUUUUACAAUUGACAUYGAAGUACAUCUUUCUUACCUGUAGAACAACACAGCACUGAAUAAAAUCAUCAAAGGCAACUUGUCCUCUUCCUUGUCUGUCAAAUUUCCGAAUAAGGAUAUCGUAGAAUUGAUCAGACAGUCGGUAAC